AUGAUUUCUUUAGUUCUUUUUUAUUUGACAUUACAAUAGGCAUCUGCUGAUUGUACCACCACUGAUUCAGCAAGUUGUGAGGCAGAGACAGGUUGUGGUUGGUGGUCACAAGGAGGCUGUUACAAAUGUUCAGAUUGGGAUUAAUCAAAUUGUUAAAAUGUGUGCGGAUGGUACAAUUCAGCCUGCACAAAAUGCACCAGCAUACCAAAUGCUUCAUGCCUUUCAACAGGAUGUGGUCUUUCCUCUAGCAAUUAGUGUAUAAAUUGCGGAGGAUUAAGCACUUCAACCUGUUCUAACUAUUUUGGAUGCUAUUUAUCAGGUGGAUUUUGUUAUGCAAGUUUAUUUAGGACUUAAACUGAUUGUGUUUCACCAUAUGAAUGGGUUGAUUCAAAAUGUUAAAUUUAAGCUUGUUCUUCAUCAAAAAAAUCAAAUUGCAUAUGUGGAACAUCUAGCUUAGUGGUUUGUGGCUCAUCAGAAGGAUGUAAGGAUAUUGCAGCCUCUACUGGAGUGUGUAAAUAAAAUUGUGCUUAAAAUUUAAAUUCAAAUUCAUGCUUGUGUGGAACAGACUAAGUAGAAUGCCUAAGCUCUACAUACUGUGUGGAUAUUGCUGCUACAUCUGGAUAAUGUAAAUAGGCUUGUUCAGUAUCAACGGUUUCAGAUUGUAUAUGUGGAACUUCAAGUAAAUCUUAUUGUGAUUCAACUAAAUAAUGCUAGAGUGAUGCUUGUGUAACUUUAACAGUAAAUUGUGCAUCUGCUUUUGAUGCCAGCUGUUCUUGCGGAAGUUCAACCAAAUAAACUUGUACUUCAACUACUUUUUGCGUUGAUCCAACUGCAUCAUCUGGAUCGUGUAAAUAAGCUUGUUCAGUAUCAACGGUUUCAGAUUGUAUAUGUGGAACUUCAAGUAAAUCCUAUUGUGACUCUACUAAAUAAUGUUAGAGUGGUGCUUGUGUAACUUUAACAGUAAAUUGUGCAUCUGCUUUUGAUGCAAGCUGUUCUUGUGGAAGUUCAACAAAGUAAAGUUGUACUUCAACAACCUUUUGUGUUGAUCCGACUGCAUCCUCUGGAUAAUGUAAAUAGGCAUGUUCAGGAUCAACAGUGUCUGAUUGUAUAUGUGGAACCUCAAGUAAAUCCUAUUGUGAUUCAACUAAAUAAUGCUAGAGUAAUUCAUGUGUAUCUGUUGCGAAUUGUUCUUCAAUUAACUAAAAUAACUGUUCAUGUGGGAGUUCAUCAAAACAAAAUUGUGGUUCAACUACUUAUUGCAAAGAUCCAACUGCAGCCAGUGGAGUUUGUGUUAAUAAAUGUUAAGGAUCAACUGUAAAUAAUUGUAUUUGUGGAUCUUCAACAGUAUCUUAUUGCAGUUCAACAUAAAGAUGUGAAGAUAAUAUGGCUAGUUCAGGUAAUUGUUUGGAUAUAUGUACUACUAAUUUUUAAAGUAAUUGUUCAUGUGGUUAAAGUCAAUUUAGUAAUUGUAAUAAUUCUAAAUAUUGUGUGAAUGCUUCUGCUUCUAAUGGGUAAUGUUAUGAUAAUUGUACAGAUAGUGUUAGAUCAUCUUGCAUUUGUGGAAUUGCAACAAAAUAAGUUUGUUCUAACUAACAAAAAUGCCAAGAUCCAACUUCUAAUGAUGGCAAUUGUAUUACUAUACCAAAUUGCAUUAAUAAUUUUGAUAACUCUUGUUUAUGUGGUAUAACUUAGGUUUCUUAGUGUUCUUAAUCUACUUAUUGCAUUAAUGUAUCUGAUUCAACAGGAGUUUGCAUAUAAAAUUGUAAUCAAAAUUUAAAGUCUAAUUGUAUUUGUGGUUCAGUUAAUAAACUUAUCUGUUCUAAAACUUAAGUAUGUUAGAAUCCUAAUGAUAUGAAUGGAUAUUGUAUAGAAAAAUGUGUUACGAAUUUAUAAACAAAUUGCUAAUGUGGUAACUCUGUUACUCCUUUUUGUGGUUCAAAUGAACAUUGCCAUGAUGUUUAAUAACCUACAGGUAACUGUGUUAAAUAAUGUAAUUUAUUUGAAAACAAUUGUGUUUGUGGAAAAUCAUAUUAUUCACAAUGUUCAUCUACCACAUAUUGUUCAUCAAAAUCAGAAGGAGUUUGUUUAGAUUACUGUUCUUACUAAUCUUCCAAUUGUAUUUGUGGAAACAAAGUCAAAUAGGUAUGUUCAAAUGAAGAAAAAUGCGUUGAUCCAAAUUCAGAUAAUGGAAUUUGUAAUUAAGGAACUUGUACAUUAUAAUUUUAAUCAAAUUGUACUUGUGGUGUAAGUAAUCAAGCCUAUUGCAAUAAGAAUUAACAUUGUUUAGAUUAGACAGCACUCAUUGGAGUAUGUUAUGAAAAAUGUAAGUAAAAUUAAAAUAACUGUUUGUGUGGAAUAGAUUCUAUAGAUAUAUGCCAUGCUUCAACAUAUUGUAUAUUGCAAUCUAAAGGUGUUUGUAUGUCAGAAUGCUCUUCAACUAAUUAUCAAAAUUGUUUGAUAUUAUCUGAAAACCAAGCUUGCCUUGAUUAACUUGAUUCUAUCUAUAAUGAUCUUACUGCAAAAUGCGUACCAACUUGCAAAGAAAAUGGUUAAAAUAAUUGUUUUUGCGGUAGUAGGGAGAAUGGUUUAGAUGUAAAAUUAAUUUGUUAAUCUGGCUUUGAAUGCUAAAAUCUUGGAACAAAAUAAAGUGGUUGCUAUGAGAAAUGUACAACUAGCAAAAUAUCAAAUUGUUAUUGCGGAUAAGAAAAGUCUCAAUAUUGUAAUCAAAAUUAGACCUGUUUAGAUGUGACUUAAUAGGUAGGAACAUGUAAAUCAACUUUAACUAUUUCAAAUGCUGAUUUUUCUACCAAUCUACAAAUAGGGCUUUUUGCAAUAUUCUGCCUAUUAACUAUUAUUUGA